AUGGUCCACUUCUUGCACCCGUUGCUGUGGCCGCGGGUCCUCGUCCUGCCCGACGCCCAGGAGGACGCGCGGGGCCGCGGCGUGGUGCAGGUGAGUGGUCGGGCCGCCUCCUCCUCCCGGCGGGCGGCCGGCCGGCCGCGACGGCUCCCGGAGCUCGCGAGCAGGCCCGGCCGGGCUCCGUGCUCGCCGCGCCCGCCGCCGCCCACCACGGCGCGGGAAUUCGAGCCGCUCCCACCCCGAGGGCCCGCGGCGUGGACCGCCGCCCGGGGGUCUCCUCAGACCGUCCCCCCCAGCUCCUCUCCUCAGAACCCCGCCCCGUGGGAGGAAGCAUCACCCUACUCUUUGGUCAACAUCUGCCUGGAUAUCUUGAUUGCUAACUUAGAGCAAUGGUGUUCUAAAAGACCUGAUGGAACAUUGUGCCUUCCAGAGCUUUGGCGUUUCCCUCACGAAAUAGCUGAUCAGUUCCUUGAGAGGAUGGCUUGGCAAGGCAAGCUGACGGACAGAACAGCAAGCAUUUUCCAGGGCAAGCGAACAAACCUGAAGCGGAUCCGUAUCCAGAGAUCCAGGCUCUCCGCAGCAGCCUUCACAAAAGCCUUCUGCCAUCACAAGCUUCUCGAAGUGGACGCCACCUCAGUGGACUCGGAGCUUCCAGCCGCAGACAUCGUCCACGCUCUCCAGAGCAGUGCCUGGAUCCAGAACAACCUGCAGUGCCUUCUGAUAGACUCAACUAGUGUCCCUCAGAACUCAAGACUGCUGGCCUUGGGUCGGUUCACUGGCAUUCGCACUUUAAACGUUGCCAACGUGUCCUUCUGGAACGAAGACCUAGCGAGCGUUUCCCAGUUACCACACCUGGAAAGCCUGGACAUCUCCAAUACUCUGGUCACUAAUAUCUCUGCACUCCUCGCCUGUAAGGACCGGCUCAGGUCUCUCACAAUGCACUAUCUGAAGUGCCUGACCAUGGCCAACCGACAAAUUCUUGCCGUCCUCAGACAACUGAAACGCCUGCUUCACCUUGAUAUUUCUGAUCACAGGCAGCUCAGAUCAGACCUGGCUUGUCUUCUGUUACAGCAGGAGGACAUCCUGCCCAGCCUUGUGUCCCUGGAUAUUUCCGGGGGCAUCGACAUCACUGAUGAAGCUGUGGAAUCCUUUCUGCAGCAGCGGCCUGAGAUUCAAUUUGUGGGGCUCUUGUCCACUGAUGCUGGUUAUUCUGAUUUCUUUGUUUCAAAGCAAGGCUUAAAGGUUGCUGGAGGAGCCAACAUGAGUCAGAUUUCUGAAGCACUGAGCCAGUACAGGAACAGGCCGUGUUUUGUGAAGGAAGCUCUCUACAGGCUCUUCACAGAGACGAUCUCCCUGAGUGCCAUCCUGCCUGCCAUUCUAAAGCUCGUGGCUAUAGGAAUGAGGAAUCACCCACAGGAUCUGCCAGUGCAGUUCACGGCCAGUGCUUGUGUCCUCAACCUCACCCGCCAGGGCCUGGCCAGGGGCAUGCCCAUCCGUCUGUUGUCGGAGGUCACCUGUCUGCUCUUCAGAGCAAUGAAAAAUUUCCCCUACUACCAACAGUUACAGAAGAAUUGCCUUCUCUCCUUAACCAGUUCCAGGAUUCUUAUGGAUGUCCCGUUUGACAGGCUUGAUGCUGCCAAGCUUGUUAUGAGGUGGCUGUGCAGACGUGAGAACCCCAAGAUGCAAACAAUGGCAGUGAGCAUCACCUCCUUCAUAGCCCUGAAGCUCUCACCCGAGGAGACUGAACAGCUUCAGGAAGAGCUCAUCAUGACAGUCAAGGAACUUGUAACAAUAGUCAGACAAAAGACGGCUGAGAAUUUAGAUGAUGUCACCUUCUUGUUUACUCUGAAAGCACUUUGGAAUCUUACAGAUGAGUGUCCAUCGGCCUGCAAGUACUUUAUUGAGAAUGAAGGAUUGGCCGUCAUCAUCCAAGUCUUAGAGACGUUCUCCGUGUCCGUGAUACAAAGCAGAGUGCUUGGCCUUUUGAACAACAUAGCUGAAGUCAGAGGGCUCUCUCCCAAGCUGGUCUCUCAAGAAGAUCUGUUGAGACAUCUCGUCAGCCUGCUCCGCAGCACCAAUAUAGAAGUGAGCUACUUUGCUGCGGGCGUGAUCGCCCAUCUGACGUGUGACAAACAGCAUUGGCUAUCCCGUGGCCUGCAGAGGAGUGAUCUUCUCCAGAACUUGCGUGUAACCAUCGAGAAUUGGCCAAGUUCACGGUGUAAGAUGUCAGCACUGGUGACCUACAGAUCUUUCAAAGCAUUUUCCCCACUCCUUGGCAACUUCUCCCAGCCAGAAGUUCAGCUCUGGGCACUAUGGGCCGUGCAUCAUGUCUGCAGUAAAAACCCUAGCAAAUACUGCCAACUGUUGGUAGAAGAAGGAGGACUGCAGCUCGUGUGUGAUAUCCAGGAGCGUGGUCAGGCCAAUGCCCAGGUGAGGCAGAUGGCGGCCUCCAUCCUAGAGGACUUCAGGAUGUACUUCACAAGCUACCAGAGACCCCCACAGCCCCAGUGCUCUUUCUGACCCAGGGGCCUUUGAGGGGUGCUGCUUAAGGACAGGGCGAAGCCUUUGGGUCAUGGAAUUUUGAAACCAGUUGUUGGUGUUUAUCAAUUGACUGUCCUUGGUGGGUUUUGUUUGUUUUUUUUUUUCUGUUACAAAAAGGCCGGGUCCUAUUCCUACAGAACGGGGAGCAAAGACUUGAGGGAGACUUGGUGUUGUUACAGUCCCUCGGUGGCUCCAGGUUAUGAUAGGAAGGUGAUCACUGCUGCAGGGAGGAACAGUUGUUACUGCUGUUUGCUUGUUUAUACCAAAUUGAGAGGUAGAAGGGGAAAAAACAAGACAGGUUUCACUAUGUAGCCUAGACUAGCCUUGAGCGCAGCAAUCCUAUUGCUUCAGUACUGGGGUUGGUUGUAAGCAUGAGCCACCACACCCUGACAGUUUUGGUUUUCUUUCCCCCUUUUCCUCCAAUUGGAGGAAUCAGACCAUUGAGUAUGUGUGAAUGUAUGGGGUUGAGGCUUGGUCCUGACUGAAGGUCUUACUAUGCUUGAAUGUGUGUGUGUGUGUGUGUGUGUGUGUGUGUGUGUGUGUGUGUGUGUGUGUCCGUGUGUGUCCCCGUCCGUGUCCGUCCGUGUCCAUGCAUGCAUGUGAGUGAGGGCCUAUAGAGGCCAGAAGAGGUUAUUGGGAUUGGAGCUGGAUGUAGGCGGAGUUUUCCUAUCCCACAAAAAUAAAAACACUGUGACUUAUUAAUUACAAAUGCUCGGCCAAUAGCUCAGACACUGACUAGCUCUUACAUUUUAAGUUAACCCAUAUUCCUUGUUUACACUCUGCCACGUUGUAGUACCCUUGUUAGCAUAGCAUGUUCAUCUCCUGCUCCCUCUGCUUGUGUUGGUGACUCCAGACUUCACCCUUCUUCCUGUCAUUCUCAGUUUUGGCUCUCCCACCUAAUUUUAUCCUGUUCAGCUAUUGGCUAGUCAGCUUCUUUAUUAACCAAUGAGAGUAAUUCAUAUUCACAGUAUACAGAAGGAUUAUUCCAAAGCAGCUGGAGUUAUAGGCAGU